AUGCUGCGGGAUGGAGUCAUCGAGCCUGUGGACUGUUCGGACUGGGCUUCGCCUCUUGUACCGGUAAAUAAAGCUGACGGUUCUUUGAGGAUUUGUGCGGACUACAAGGCUACAGUGAAUCCCGUUUUGUUAGUUGAUCGUUAUCCUUUGCCUAGGAUCGAUGAUUUAAUCGUUCGCUUAAGUGGCUCGAAUUACUUUUCGAAGAUAGACCUGUCGCAAGCGUAUAAUCAGAUUGAACUGGAUGAUUCCAAAAAUAUUACCGAUAUACCUAAUGUUGAAGUGUUCUUGGAUGACGUAGUAAUUGGAGGAAAGAACAGGCAGGAACAUUUGCGGGCGGUCGAGUCGGUCUUUAGUAGGUUACACCGUUACGGGUUAAAAUUAAAAAGUAAUAAGUGCGUUUUCCUGGUAGAUGAGAUAAAAUAUUUAGGCUAUGUAUUAAAUAAGGAGGGCAUAAAAACGGACCCAGAUAAAAUUGAAGCCAUAACAAAGAUACCAAGGCCCAGCAAUGUAACUGAACUACGUUCAUUUUUAGGUUUGGUAAAUUUUUACGCGAAAUUCGUUAGGAAUAUGAGCGUGAGACUAGUACCUUUAUAUGAGUUGUUGAAAAGAGAUACGAAAUGGGUUUGGUCAAAGGAAUGCGAGCGGGCGUUCAAAGAAGUUAAGACCUUAUUAACUAGUGCAGAGGUGUUAUCGCAUUAUGAUCCCGCGCGGCCACUUAUCGUAACAUGCGACGCGAGCGCGAAGGGCAUAGGUGCAGUCCUCUCUCAACCGAGUCGGAAUGGGGACUGUGAGCGACCGGUGGCCUACGCAUCGCGGACACUAAAUGAUGCAGAAAAAAAUUAUUCCCAAAUACAUCGCGAAGCGCUUGCAAUUAUAUUUUCCGUUCAUAAGUUUCAUCAAUAUUUAUAUGGUCGGCAUUUUACCUUGCGUACCGACCACAAGCCUUUAGUGUCGAUCUUUGGCCCACACACGGGGAUACCGACGAUGGUGGCUAGCCGUAUGCAGCGCUGGGCUAUUAUUUUAUCCGCGUACACAUUCGAUAUCGAGUACGUGCGUACCGAUAAGAACGGGGCGGACGGUUUGUCGAGGUUACCGAUGACAGGUAAACAACUCGCGGCUCGGCAGGUACCGGAGCAGACUUACUUACACUUUAUACAGGAAGCUUUGCUGUUAGAUUACAAUGAGAUAAAAAAACAUACGACUAGGGACCCAGAUUUAUCGAAAAUACUUAGUUACUUACGGGACGGUUGGCCCACGGAGAAUAGUAUUACUAAUUUGCAACCUUAUUUUAAUCGCAAAAAUGAGUUAUAUGAAGAGCUGGGAUGCGUGAUGUGGGGUCAUAGGUUAGUGGUUCCGGAGACGUGUAGGGAUAGAGUGUUGAAAAUGAUUCAUGAGCCUCACAUGGGAAUAGUGAAAUCUAAGUCUUUAGCACGCAGUUACGUUUGGUGGCCUUCGUUAGACGAGUCUAUACAACGUGUAUGCCAAGGAUGCGAGGUAUGCGCGGCGCAGGCGGACGCGCCGCCGAAGCAAGCCGUACGUAUGUGGCCGUGGCCUAACAGACCUUGGUCACGGAUCCACCUGGAUUUCAUGGGCCCUAUUUUUGGAAAAACGUAUUUAGUGAUCGUAGAUGCAACGUCUAAAUGGAUAGAAGUAUUCCAGGUGCCGAAUACGGCGUCUACGGUAGUUAUUGACAGACUUACGGAGUUAUUCAGUAGAUUCGGGUUAGCUAAACAGAUAAUAACAGACAAUGCGAGCUAUUUCGCCAGCACGGAGUUUAGGAAUUUUACACAAAGUAACGGGAUCGAGCAUAUUUUUACGGCUCCGUACCACCCCGCCUCGAACGGUUUAGCGGAAAACGCAGUGAGAACACUAAAACGCGUGAUUAAGAAAGCGGUGUCAGAGAGACAGAACGUAGACAGGGCUCUCUGGACCUUUUUGAUGCAUUAUAGGAAUACGGAACAUUCGACCACCGGGGAGUGCCCCGCCAUGUUGCUGUUAGGUAGGCGGCUUCGGACCAAACUAGACGCUUUAAAACCGGAUAGGGAGAGGAAAGUAGCUAAGGUACAGCAACAUCAAAGAGAAAUGGCGAAAGGAGUAGAAAGGGAGGUAAACCCAGAGGAUGAAGUGUGGUAUAGGCAGUAUCUUAAGAGAGAAAAGUGGGUCCCGGGUCAGGUCGUGGAAUGUACCGGUCCAAGCAAUUAUAAAGUCAGAGGUCAGGAUGGAGACUUAGUUCAUAGGCACAUCGAUCAGCUUAAGAAACGGUCCACCAGGUUUUCUCUCGCUUGUCCUACUACAAGCUUAAAUCAGGAGUCUAGCACAGAUCCUCAAUCGCCGGCGGCUUUAUCGGAGCAGGUCCAGCCGGAGCGGUCCACACGAGGUGACAUUGAAGCGCCAGUUACACCGGGUAGCUCGACAGGGUCAGAUAAGGUCCAUACGAAUACUCCGGCUUCACCGGAGUUCCAAGAUGCCGUGGAGAGUAACGAGUCUCCGGCUCAGACCCGCCGCCGCAGUACCUCACCGGCUCACGCAAUAACGCCGGAGCCGCGUCCACUGAGACAAUGUAGAAUAAGGAAACCUUUUAAUAAACUUUGA